AUGAUAACAUCCUCUAACGAACCGUCAUCAUCAUCAUCCCGGGUCCCGGAUCAGUCCAGCAGCAGCAGCAUCCCUGCUCCUCAGCUCUCUCUGGAGUCAGAGAUGAUGCUGAAGCUGCUGCCGCUCAGAGAGCCCACAGGCAACAGCCAACGGCCCAGAGCCAAGACCCGGACCCAAGGGCCCAGAGCCAACGGCCCAGACCCUAGAUUCCAGAGCCCAGAGCCCAGACCCCAGCCCCCGGAGACCAGACCCCAGAGCCAAGAUCCGGACCCAAGGGCCCAGAGCCAACGGCCCAGACCCCAGACCCCAGACCCUGGAGUCCAGAGCCCAGACCCCAGAGCCAAGACCCUAGACCCUAGAGUCCAGACCCAAGGGCCCAGAGCUAAGAGUCCAGACCCAAGAGCCAAGGGCCCAGACCCUAGAGUCCAGAGCCAAGGGCCCAGACCCAAAACCCAAGGGCCCAGACCCCAGAGUCCAGAGCCAAGGGGCCCAGACCAUAGAGUCCAGAGCCAAGGGCCCAGACCCCAGAGUCCAGAGCCCAGACCCAAGGGCCCAGACCCCAGAGUCCAGAGCCCAGACCCUAGAGCCCACAGGCAAAAGCCAAGACCCAAGGGCCCAGGGCCCAGACCCAAGGGCCCAGACCCUAGAGCCCAGACUCUAGAGCCCACUGGCAAUAGCCAAGACCCUAGAUUCCAGAGCCAAGACCCAAGGGCCAAGACCCAAGACCCAAUAGCCCAGACCCAAGGGGCCAGAACCAACGGCCCAUACCCAAGGGCCCAGAUCCUAGAGUCCAAAGCCCAGGCCCUAGAGUCCAGAGCCAAUGGCCUAGAGCCGAGGCCCUAG